GUCCCUCAUAUGCAACGUAGAUCCUGGAAUAUACGUAACACGUGGCCUGAUCAUCUCAGUAGGCUCUCCUUUCUGUUCUACCAAUGUAACUGCUUAGGCAGAUACAUGUAAAUUUGUAUACAUAGUUGGUGGUAACAUGAAAGGGAUACCUGUCGACCUUUAAUUGUGUCAAAGAACAUGUCGUUUUGGACAGGACAAUCAAUUUAGCUGCAGGAUAUGUUUUUGUCAAUGCAGUUUUUAGUCUCAUAUUGAUUGACCCUGUGACAUUAUCGCCUGUGAAUUUGAGUUCAAUAAAAACAUGUUUUUUAUUUGUUGUAGUUUCUUUGGGUAUUUCAUCUUCACGUUUUCCAUAUUUCUCAAUAAAUUUCAUUGGGUAGCCGUUAUUCCUUAAACACUUUUUGACAUUCAUAACUUCCUCUUCUAUUGUAUCGGCAGUACAUAUUCUUUUUGUUCUGUGAAAUAAUGUUUUGACAAGUUUCUUUUUAUAAUUGAUUGGACAAAAGCUGUUGAAAUGGUAUUUAUCUCAAUAAUAAAGGGAACUAUGUAUAUGAAAGUUCCGUACUUGUUGAAACUUUGCGGACCGAAACGGAUAUCUUUGGGAGAAGGCUAAGUGUCCAUUUUUAGGUUCGACGUUUUCUAACCUUAUCAAUCUUUUAUGGUAAGGCAGCAUCGCUGUUAUGUUGGUUGUCUGAGGUAAACACAAUACUGCCGUCACACCUCUGUUUAGUCAGUAGUACGACUUUUCUCUGGGACCUUGAGUCUACUGCUUUUUCUCACUGAUCUUCAACCGACCUGUCUGGCAUGGUCGGACCUUUUAGGAACGACUUUUCCAGGCAGUGUAAGCCGAUUGGUUCAUCAUAAUAAGCAAGCCUGAUCACCACGUCAAGGUAGCACCAACGGUCGGUCUGUAUUUUAUUGGGAUCGGCACUGAAAAAGUUGAACUUUCGGAACUGUCUUACCUGAAGUUAUUGUUUGUAUUUUUGUUUUUUUAAUUAUUAAAUACUGAAAUUACUGUUUUUUGGAUUCUCCUGCUUAUAAGCUUUUUUUCGUGAUUCAGAAACUUUUUAUGUGUCCACGUUUCCUAGGAUACUGUUAAUUUAUUACGGGCAUAUUACUCAGUGUCUAUCCACUUGUGACGUAGCUAUUCCGUCAGUGAAAUUUCAUAAUUAUCCUGAUGUUCAGCGUAGAUUUUACUUUCUAUUAUUGGAUGGGUUUUAAGCCAUGUCUGAAUUGAGUACAAUUGAAAGCCAAUCUGUUCUCUUUCUUCAUCUCUUGAUUGUCGUAAAGUACUCAGGGACCAAUAAGCUUUAAGAUCUUGGUUGUUAUUCAUUAAUCGGUGUGUCAAUUGACACUUUGUUCAUCUAUCCUAUUGGCAAUACAAGUGAGCUGAUCAGUAGUCAGAAUUCUGAUUACGUGAUUUUCUUAGUUGUUGGUCUAUAGCGUUAAAAGAAAAAGAUCUGUUUAAUUUGGUGCUAUAAUAGAAUACAAACAGUGCUUUAUUUAUUUCUCUCUCUUCCACACUCAUACACAAUCACCUAAUCAUUUAAUCUUCUUUUAACCCUACUAGAUUGUUUCUAUGAAAUGUCAGAGAAAAUACCUAUUGUUCUGUGUAGAUUGAGCCAUAAGAUAUUUAAGGCCUAGUUUACAUUGUUCACCUUAAAAAUUGUACGAUAACAUACUAAUACUCAACUAACACAAUUUUUAUCGUACUAAUGGUUUCUAGCUACAUAAAUUGUUGCAGUUUUCACAUUGAAUUUCAUAAUUAUAUCUUUUUUAUAUUUUUAGACUAUGAUUUAGUACACUUGUUCACCUCAGUUUUACUUGAAGAUCCAGCUGUUCAAACAUGUACUGAACUUCGUGUUAUGUAUUACCAAAUGGCUAGUUUAUUUGUUUAUCAUACACCGAAUUAUGUUCACAUGGGAAGUGCUUGUGACCAAAGUUAUCGCCUUCGUAAAUUCACUGAGUUUGCCCGUCCUUGUUUAACAAGUAGUUUAACUGCUGUGGAUCUUCAAGAAAAAUAUACUGGUCUUCAAUUAUUAUCCCAUUUAAUUGCAAAAUUCAAUGUGUUACGUACAGCUACUGUACAAGUGUUUCAAUGUUUAGCAAAAGGCGCACAUACAGAAACAAAGAAAAUUGUUAAUCCUGCAUUGGAUAUUCUAAUUCCAGCCUGGAUACAGGGACCUGAAGACCAGAAAGCACUUGCGUUGGCAACAAAAAAAAUUAUGCUAGAAGAUCAUGGUAUUCAAUCGUGUGUUCAUAUUCUAGGAAUAAUUGUUCGACAUUCAGAUUUGUAUUAUCCAAUACGUCAUCAAAUAUUACCUCAUAUUAUACUCAUUAUAUCUCGACUUUCUGUUCAACAGUUACCCCUUGAACAACGUCGAUUAGCUUUAGAUAUGAUCUAUACUACAGCUCAAUGGGAUGUUCGGUGUCGCCGUGAAAUAACUGAGAAUUAUUCAAAGGAGAUAACUGAUGAUUUAAAUCCAGGAGAUAAUAAUAAUUCAUCAUUAACAGAGAAUUUGAAUAUCCAAACUUCAGCUAAAACUGAACCAACCAACUCUCCUAUUGAUAAGCCCCAGCGUGAUCAACUUGUAAAUCUUUUAAUUCGCUUCGCCUGUCAAGCUAUUGACGCUAGUCAAAGUGGAAGUUUGUCUGAACAGUCUGUAUCCCGAACGCUAGCUCAACUAGAAUUCGCUCUUCGCUCUGAUGUAUGGGGUGGUGAAACCUGUGAACUUAGACUUGCAUUUAUUGACCGUUAUUUCUCUCCGGACGAUUCAUCGUCUUCACACUCGAUGUCGAGUACACCAUCUGGAGGAGUUCCAGCUAAUAGUCUCAAUACACACGGAAUACACAUGAGUGGGACAUCAAACACUACACCGACGUCUACUCCCUCUGGACCCCACGCAAAUGCAUCAUCUACUAGUGCUCUUGGUGCAACACAAGCCACCAGUUUAUUAAUGACUUUGGAGGUUCUUCGUGUCUUGUUCUCAACUUUGGAAAGCCCAACUUUAUUAAUCAAUGUGAAACAUUUCAGUGUUGGAUUAUGUAAUGUAUUAACACGACAAUUGACUAAUGUUCGUUUAAUUCGUUCUUGUGCUGGUCUUAUACGUGCUAUGCUUGAACGUUAUCCAGCUGAAGCAUCACAUCGUCAGAAAGUUACUGCUUAUCCUGAAUUAUAUGAUAUUUAUUCAACAGUUUUAAAAGCAAUACAAGAUUCAUUCACAAUGUUUAGUGAAAAUGUUUCUAAAGCAACUUUAUUAACACGAUUACAGUCGGCAUUUCUUCUGUUCACAUCAACACAAGUUCAGUCUAAUCCACAUGCAUUUGUUGAUCGAUGUAUUGUACAACUAGUUAAACUUGUUAAUCGUCUUAUACAAGAUUUAGUUACACCGAAUUGUAAUUCUAAUGCUCAAGAAUCUGGUACAUCAGCACAGCUUACUGACUUACUAAUUAUGGGUCUUGAAAUGAUCAAGUCACGGUUGAAUGUUGUUAGUCAUGAAAUGCGUAAAACUAUCUUUGGUCCAGAUUUAUGUUUAAUUAUGGAUAGAGCGCGCGAUCCUCGUUUAUUCUGUGCUGUUUUACAAGUUUUACGUGAUUGGAUAAAUGUACCGAAAUCAGAAGAACAUUUCGCUCCAACAGCUCGUGAAAAAGUCAACUUUUUCUAUAGACUUUGGCAAGCUUAUCCACGUUGGAUUGACAAUUCACCUGAUGUUGCCAGAGAAAUUCUUGAAUGCGUGUACGAU